AUGCUGGUGUGCCAAAAACGCUGACAAGUAACGGAGUCGUCUCCUCAUUUUGUAGUGCUUGUUCUUCUCUGCACUCCGUCGACGACGUUUAGUUGCUCCUCCUCCUCCGAGCCACAGAUCUGCGGCGGAGCCACCUUGUCUGAUUGUUCUUCUUCUUCUGGAAGCUCUUCCUCGGGAAAUUAGGAAGUCGAUACGCCGGAUCGGAGAUGCCGGUGGCUGCUUCCGCUAUAUACUUCUUAAACCUCCGCGGGGACGUUCUCAUCAAUCGCCUCUAUCGAGACGAUGUUGGGGGAAAUAUGGUUGAUGCUUUUCGGACGCAUAUAAUGCAAACAAAAGAACUUGGUACCUGUCCUGUGAGGCAGAUUGGUGGCUGCUCUUUCUUUUACAUGAGGAUCAGUAAUGUCUACAUUGUGAUUGUUGUCAGCAGCAAUGCUAAUGUAGCUUGCGCCUUCAAGUUUGUUGUUGAGGCUGUUGCGCUAUUCAAAUCAUAUUUUGGUGGUGCCUUUGAUGAGGAUGCAAUUCGCAAUAAUUUUGUACUCAUUUAUGAGCUACUAGAUGAAAUCAUGGACUUUGGUUAUCCUCAAAAUCUUUCACCCGAGAUCUUGAAGCUUUACAUCACUCAGGAAGGAGUGCGUUCCCCAUUUUCAUCCAAGCCCUCAGAUAGACCUGUUCCAAAUGCAACUUUACAAGUUACUGGUGCUGUUGGUUGGCGGAGGGAAGGCCUUGUGUACAAAAAGAAUGAAGUCUUCCUGGACAUUGUGGAGAGUGUGAAUCUUCUUAUGUCUUCAAAAGGUGUUGUUCUGCGCUGUGAUGUGACCGGGAAGAUUCUUAUGAAGUGCUUUCUUUCGGGAAUGCCUGAUUUGAAGCUGGGUUUGAAUGACAAGAUUGGCCUUGAGAAAGAGUCACAACUUAAAUCUCGUCCUACUAAAAGUGGUAAAACUAUUGAGCUUGACGAUGUCACAUUCCAUCAAUGUGUAAAUUUGACAAGGUUCAACUCAGAGAAGACAGUUAGUUUUGUGCCACCUGAUGGUGAAUUUGAACUAAUGAAAUAUCGUAUCACUGAGGGUGUUAAUCUUCCCUUCAAAGUGUUGCCAACUAUCAAGGAACUUGGUCGAACAAGGAUGGAAGUAAAUGUGAAGGUAAAAAGUGUCUUUGGUGCAAAGAUGUUUGCUCUAGGGGUGGUUGUCAAAAUUCCUGUGCCAAAACAAACAGCAAAAACAAGUUUCACAGUCACAUCUGGCCGAGCAAAAUAUAAUGCAGCUAUUGAUUGUUUGGUUUGGAAAAUAAGAAAAUUUCCUGGGCAAACCGAGCCAACCUUAAGUGCAGAAGUUGAACUUAUUUCUACAAUGACAGAAAAGAAAUCUUGGACUAGACCGCCAAUUCAGAUGGAGUUUCAGGUUCCCAUGUUCACGGCAUCUGGUUUACGAGUCCGUUUUCUCAAGGUGUGGGAGAAGAGUGGAUACAACACUGUUGAGUGGGUUCGUUAUAUUACAAAAGCAGGAUCUUACGAGAUAAGGUGUUAGACAUAUCGGAAUUGUUGGUUUCAAGCGUCACGAUUAGUGGGUGGAGAUUGAAGCUAUAUCCUAAAUAAUUUUAAAGCUGCAGUUCUAUCUAGUUAUCCAAUCAUAGCAGAGUUUCUUGUUAAGGUUGAGGCGUCCCUCAUCAUAUAGUGUGCUGUCAAAAUGAUUAUACGUGUGAAAAAUCUCUUGAAUUUUUUUUAUUCCGGGGCCAGCUUGUUAAUGGAAACUUAAAUUGAUUCCAUCUCCCUUGUACACUUUGUAUUUUAUUGAUAAUGUUUGAGUGAUGCAUUUUGUAAUUCUUUGUCAUUGUCAAACUUCAUGUUGGCGUUCAUUUUAUACAGAAACUAUUUUUUUUUCUGG